CGCCGCCAUUGUGGCCAGUUCGAUCGGUAUCGGGAGCGGAGAGCGGAGCCCAGCGAGCCCGGAGUAAGGGAGCAGCCCCCCCCGCCAACGGCCGGCCCCCGAGUCACCAUCAACACCGCGCGGGAGGCGGCGGCGCUGCUGCUGCUGUGAGCCAGUCACCACCACCGUCCACCGGCAGCCACCGUCGCCAUGAGCAGCGAGGCCGAGACCCAGGCGCCCCCCGCCGCCGCCGCCCCACUACCCGCCGCGGUGGCCACAGCGGCCCCCGUGUCUUUGGCAGCGGCCGCGGCCCCCGUCGUCCCAGACGCCAAGCCCAGUAACGGCACCGGCGGAGGAGGCGGCGGUGGCGGCAACGGCACCAACGGCGGCUUGGGCUCGGCGGCGCCCCCCGCCGGCGGGGACAAGAAGGUCAUCGCAACGAAGGUUUUGGGGACAGUGAAAUGGUUCAACGUAAGGAACGGCUAUGGCUUCAUCAACAGGAAUGACACCAAGGAAGAUGUGUUUGUCCACCAGACUGCUAUCAAGAAGAAUAACCCCAGGAAGUACCUUCGCAGCGUAGGAGAUGGAGAGACUGUGGAGUUUGAUGUGGUUGAAGGAGAAAAGGGAGCGGAGGCAGCCAACGUUACAGGCCCUGGCGGAGUUCCAGUGCAAGGCAGUAAAUACGCGGCAGACCGUAACCAGUACAGACGAUAUCCACGGCGUAGAGGUCCUCCACGCAACUACCAGCAAAAUUACCAAAACAGUGAGAGCGGAGAAAAGAAUGAGGGGUCGGAGAGUUUGCCAGAAGGCCAGUCUCAACAGCGCCGCCCCUACCGCAGGAGGCGGUACCCGCCUUACUACAUGCGUCGGCCCUAUGGCCGUCGACCACAGUAUUCCAAUGCUCCUGUGCAAGGAGAGAUAGUGGAGGGUGCUGACAACCAGGGUGCAGGAGAACAAGGCAGACCUGUCAGACAGAACAUGUAUCGGGGUUACAGACCACGCUAUCGCAGGUUUGUUGGACUUUUCAGGGGUCCUCCUCGCCAACGACAGCCCAGGGAAGAAGGCAAUGAAGAAGACAAAGAAAACCAGGGUGAUGAGGCCCAGGGUCAGCAGCCACCUCAACGUCGGUACCGUCGCAAUUUCAAUUACCGACGCAGACGCCCAGAAAACCCUAAACCACAAGAUGGCAAAGAGACAAAGGCAGCCGAACCACCAGCUGAGAACACGUCCACUCCCGAGGCCGAGCAGGGCGGGGCUGAGUAAACGCCGGCUUACCAUCUCUACCAUCAUCCGGUUUAGUCAUCAAAGAAGAGAGAAUAUGAAAUAAAAAAGAAUAUGAAAUUCCAGCAAUAAGAAAUGAACAGAAGAAUUGGAACUGAAGACCUUAAGUGCUUGCUUUUUGCUGUUGACCAGAUAACUCGAACUCUCUGCAUUAUCUAUGCAGCAUGGGAUUUUUAUUAUUUUUAUCUAAAGCAGUCUCCUUUUGGGAGUGACAAACAUGUUUUUUAAAGGCCUGUUUUUUCUCAAUACACCUUUAAAGGUUUUUAAAUUGUUUCAUAUCUGGUCAAGUUGGGAUUUUUAAGAACCUCAUUUUUAAUUUGUAUGAAAUAUACACCUGAUUUUUUCAAGUCAAACUGCAAGCAUCUCUUAAUAAAGGUCUUAAGAAUU